GACCUUUCUCCCGGCGGGGGAGGAGAGCGGGCCGGGCCGGGGCAGCGCGGCCGGUUCGGGACCCCCUUCCCCUUCCUCCGCCGGGGCUCGGCCGCCCCAUGCCCGCAGCGGGGGCUCCGCGGCGCCGGGGCAGGUAGCGGCGCGGCUCGGCUGCCCCUCCCGGGGACGGGGGGGUCGGGCCCGGCCCGCCCCUCUCCUCUCCCCUCCCUCCAAUUUCGCCCUCCUCCCGUUCCCCGGCCCCUCGUCCCGGCGCGGCAGGAGCGGCCGCUCCCGGCAGCCAGCCCCGCUCCUUCGGGGGGAUGCGGCAGCCGCCCCCGCGGCCCGCAGCUCUGCCCCGGGGAGAGGCGCCCGGCUGAGGGGGCACGGCGGGUACCAUGAGCGGCGGCAGGUUUGACUUCGAUGAUGGAGGCGCCUAUUGCGGCGGCUGGGAGGGGGGCAAAGCCCACGGGCACGGCAUCUGCACCGGCCCCAAGGGCCAGGGCGAGUACUCGGGCUCCUGGAACUACGGCUUCGAAGUGGUGGGCAUAUACACGUGGCCCAGCGGCAACACCUACGAAGGCUACUGGUCCCAGGGCAAGAGGCACGGCCUGGGAAUCGAGACCAAAGGACGAUGGGUUUACAGGGGCGAGUGGACCCACGGCUUUAAGGGACGGUACGGCGCGAGGCAGAGCAUGAGCAGCGGAGCCAAGUACGAAGGCACCUGGAACAACGGGCUGCAGGAUGGCUACGGCACCGAGACGUACGCGGACGGAGGCACGUACCAGGGCCAGUUCACCAACGGGAUGCGGCACGGCUACGGCGUGCGGCAGAGCGUGCCCUACGGCAUGGCCUCGGUGGUGCGCUCCCCGCUGCGCACCUCGCUGUCCUCCCUGCGCAGCGAGCACAGCAACGGCACCCUGCCGCAGCAGGACUCGCCCGCCGCCAACCCCGAGGGCUCGGCCCUCUCGCCCACCAUCACCCGCGGCGGCUUCGCCCUCAGCCUCUACGCCGAGGCCGAGGCUGGCAAGCCCAAGAAGGGGGGGCUCUUCCGCAGGGGCUCCUUGCUGGGCAAGCUGAAGAAGUCCGAGUCCAAGUCCUCCCUGGCCAGCCAGAAGAGCCGCGUCAGCUUCCUUAAGAGCGAGAGCGGGAUCAGCUCGGCCGCCAGCGACGCCACCUCCACCGUCAGCCUGGGCGAGGGUGCCGAGGGCGAGGAGUACCCUCCCUUCGAGUCCGACAUCGACGCCACCACCACGGAGACCUACAUGGGCGAGUGGAAGAACGACAAGCGUGCCGGCUUCGGCGUCAGCGAGCGCUCCAGCGGGCUCAAGUACGAGGGCGAGUGGCUGGACAACCUGCGGCACGGCUACGGCUGCACCACGCUGCCCGACGGCAAGAAGGAGGAGGGCAAGUACCGCCACAACGUCCUCGUCAAGGGCAUGAAGAAGCGUGUGUUACCCCUCAAGAGCGCCAAGAUCCGGCAGAAGGUGGACAGGAGCGUGGAGGGAGCUCAGAGGGCUGCGGCCAUCGCCCGGCAGAAGUCGGAGAUUGCAGCAUCCAGGACGGCUCAUGCCAAAGCCAAGGCUGAAGGCUCUGAGCAGGCAGCUCAGGCAGCUAACAACGAAUCGGGCAUAGCCAGAAUGAUGGCCAGGGAGCUCUCCCCAGACUUCUACCAGCCAGGCCCCGAGUACCAGAAGCGGAAGCUGCUGCAGGAGAUCAUGGAGAACGCUGAGCAUGGCAUCAACAUGGAGGAGGAGGCACCACGGCCCGAGGGCGCCCCGCCGCCCCCCACGCCCCCCGAGAGCCCCCAGCUCCAUGAGCAGGACGAGGCCCGUGGCCGUGCCAGCCCGGCCCCCAGCCCUGCCGCCACCCCUCCUGAGGCCAAGCGAGCCAAGGUGGCCCCUCGCCAGGACGGAGCCCUCCGUCCAGGCAGCUGGGCCGAGGCGGGCGGGCAGGCGGGCGGCGGGAGCCCCGCACCCCCCGAGGGGGAGUCCCGGCCGGCCUCGCGGGGCCGGGGCCGUCCCACCGAGCAGAUGGAGAUCGGGCCGCUGCAGAGGAUGGCGCACGAGCCCGACGUGGAGCUCGUCAAGGGCUACCACAGCUACGCUGUCCGGACCUCCUCUGUCUCCCCAGCCAUGGACUAUGAGGAGGAGCAGCUCCCCGAGCCCGAGCCGCCCUCCCCGGAGCCCCGAGGGAACCCGCAGCGCCGGGGGGACACCCCGUCCCCGCCAAAGGAGCAGGAGGAGAAGCCGCCAGCCAAGGUGGAAGCCAAGGCGGAGCCGCCCCGGCCCAAGGAGCCGAAGCAGCGGCCCGGCCCCGAGCGCAGGGCCGUGGGCCGAGCCGAGCCCUCUGCCGACAGGAAGACUGAGGCCAGGCCGCCCGGGCGGACGGAGCCCAAGGCGGGGGCCAAGCGGGGCCCGACCCCGGUGGCGGCAGCGAAGGAGGCAGAGGAGUGCGAAGAGGGACCCAACACAAUCGUGAUCUGCAUGGUCAUCUUACUGAACAUUGGUCUGGCCAUCCUGUUUGUACAUUUUUUGACAUGAUGAGCCCCUCAGACAAGGCCUUGCUGCUGAUGGAGACCACGGACCUUGGCGGGGAUUCAAUCUCAGCCACCUGGAAACACCUAAGAGGAGGACUUGUGAUCUCAAGGUUGCACUAAAAUACCAACCUUAAAGGAAUGCACUUGAAGAUCAGUUCAGUCUCCCUGCUCCCAGGCUGUGGCUGGCCUCUGCGAUCUACCAUGGAAAAGCCAGGGUUUCUGCCAUUCAGCCUCCUUCUCUUCUUUGUAUAAAAUAGCAGUUGCCUUAAGUUGUUCUCCCCAGAGCCAUCAACUGUCCUGUCGUGCCAGGAACGAGGGAUUUAUCUGUAGCUGUAGGAAAACAAGUGAGAAGGUCUCGUGCGUGCACACUGAUGUGUUUUGUGACUUUCUUGGUUGACUCAGUGUCAGCGAUUCCCCAAAGAAUUAUCAUCCAUGACAUGGGAAUGGAGCAAUACACAGCCACCAAAAGGACUCACGAGAGGGGUGGACAAUGUCACCUUCUGUGCUGGGAUGUCAUCCAAAGGGACAAACCAAAAUAAUCUUUCCUUUUUCCCCGUCGCCUGGAGUCGCUUUUCCACGUAUGGAGCACUGAGAGGAGGAGCAAGUUGAAGUUGUGCUUGUUGAAGUGUAACCAGAGUCCUGCCCAUGGCUGCCACAGAGCGGGGCCACAGGGUGGGGGGUGAGGGACGGGCUGGUCCGAGGCUGCUGGUGUGUGUGGGGGGUGCUGUGGGUGCAGAUGGGGCCUGUUGUGGGACCAGGCGCCGUCCGAGCGCGCUCCCAUCACCAGCGGUGCCCUGCGCGGGAGCCUUUUGCGGUGGGAGGCGUCCCACUGUAACAGGGAAGGAAGUAGCUGUGCUCCAUUUGUCCCUUUCCCCCUUUUGUUUUCUCUGUAAGUGUUGUGAGUUAGAAUGAAAAGGAGGUACUUGGUGAAAAAUACCUCCAGAGGCCCCCAGUUUCCUCCCCUUGGUGUGCCGGGCUGCAGGGGGGCUCUCGCGCUUUCUCCUUGCACCAGAGUGACCAGACUUUCCAGCCAGAGGAUAGAGAGUGGCUGUUGUGGGAGAGGUUAUGUGAUGGCUGAGAGAAAAAACAAGGUGCAGAGAUUGGAGUGACUCCACUGUGUUUGAAUGUGAGGCCAGGCUUUCAGCAACAGCAGAGCACAGUGGGGAUUAUUGUAGCUGUUGCUCUUGCGUGUGAGGUGGAGAGACCUGCACCGAUUCUUCCCAAAGCUGCAACACAGAGUGGCCUUUGGAAGGAGAUGUUCCCACUAUCUUCUGCUCUGAUCCUUAGCAAUGCGAGCUUAGAAAGUCAGCAUGGAUGAAGUGACAGUUUAGUGUGAGGCUGAGUGCUUGGACAUGUUUCUUCCUUCUUUUAAGAGCGGUACGUGUUGCCUUCUCCCUUUUGAAGAUCAUUGGAAACAUUAUUUAUAGUCAGUUGUACACCUCUGUGUAUCCUGAAAUCCCACAGCACAGGACUGGGUGGGAAAACCUGAGGGACUGGAAAGAACGGGGAAAUGAUGGUUAAGGAAAAAAACCCAGAUGCCCAAUCUGCUCCAAAGGUCAAUCUGGAUGGAUUUCAGAGAUGGGGUGGCAGACAGACAGGGGUUUACACUGACUGGAGAUACAGGGCAAAACCUGCCUCAUUUAUCUGCUCUAAUUAUGGCAUAAGGGAGUGAGAAUAAUUCAGUACUUUUCUUUGUGAACCAAGUUUAUUUUUUAACCUUACUCAGCUCAGGAAUGUUGCCUGCCACAGUAGCAAAUAUGUGGUGUUACCUGUGGGAGAAGUGAAUGUGAUCCCUUUCUAAAAGCCAUGUGGCUGUACCAGUCCUGAGAAAGCUGUGCAGCAUCACCUACACUUCCACAGAGCAUAGUUUAGUAGCAGUUUGCUUCUUUUAUUUUGUUUGUUUGUUUGUUUGUUUUCUUUUUUCUUAAGUAUAAAUGUAUUGCAAACCCCAGGCUCUGCUGCCUCUGAUGUUUUAUCUCUGUUGGCUGGCACUCACUUGUCAGCUCUGGAGUUUCAAUAUGCCAACUGCUUUUAUUAACCACCAAGACAAUUUCUGUUGAGAGACCUGAGGGGCUUUUAUUUAUCUCUUAAGCACAAGAAAUGGAUCUUUUUCAACAGUGCUAAGAUAAUCCUCCCCCCUCCCAAUUUUUUAUGCAUGUGAUGUGCACUCAGUACUGUGCUUUCCUCCUAGUAACCUUCUGAGAAAAGUAGGUAGAUUUGCUUGUAUGUGACGUAUAAAUAUAUCCACGUCGUGCUGAGAUGUGGGUAUAUAGACAUAUCUAUAUAGCCCCUUAGGGAUUUCCUUUUCUUAGAUGCAAAGAUAACAGAUUUACCUCAAACUGCAUGCUUUCAAAACUGACUAGGAUGUCGUGUUAUACUUUUCAGGUCUUACAAAGAUGCAGAUACAUUUCACUCUUCACACAAAAAUACCUUCACCACCGAUUUUGUGAGCUGUUUACUACAACCUGCCUACUGCUGUCCCGAGUUCUCUGUCGGUUGUUCUGCUGGAUUACGUGCAAUAAUAAACAGUUAUCUGCUCA